AUGGAUGUCUUUCAUAGUAUGGAGGUUGGUGCUGAGGUGGAACUCAAUGAUGGCAAUUUGGCUGUAGAUGAUCACACUCCAAUAAAACUGGAGAACAAACGGGACUUACCUCUGUGGCAGCACCUCCAUUACUUUGACGACUCAAGCAGUGACGAGAGUCUAGACCAGCAAUAUGUGAAUUCCACACCAUCAGAGGUCAAGGCCCUGGAAAUACCUAGUCACGUUACUGAAAUCAGAAGCCAGGUUGUGGAAAAUGAACAAAUGGAGAAGAAUAUAAAUGUACUAUCCACCACAGUAAAUAUACAACCAAAUGUUUUCUGUAUAAACGGAGGACAGAGAGAUGACCAUUAUUUUGUUUUGAACAAUGGCUACAGCAAAAACCUACAAGAACAGGCUGUCCAGUUAGCACCUCAUUUUGAAGAACCAGGCAUCUCUUGCACUGAGGUCAUGUCAGACUCUGGUCAACUACAGCCUAACUCCACAGAGGUAUACACAGAAACCACUUGUGUUCUAUGAAGAUGAUUCAAGGGAGAGCUUGGGAAGGUACAACUUUUCUAAUGGCAGAACUCAGUGCAACAAGACAAUCAACCCCUUGGGGAGAAAUUACAAAUGUCAGCGAUGUGGGCGUCAGUUUUUGCGUUUGUACAAUCUAGAUAACCACGUGUGCAUUGAGAGGGCUGUAAGGUGUCCCCAGCAAAAUAGCAAUAAUGUAGAGACCAUGAAUAGGUUGGAAAAGAUGUGUGCUGAAGCCCAGAAAGAGCUCCAGAGCUUACAAGGACAAUACAAGAAAGAGGCUGUAAGCAGUCAGCCUGGUUCUUCAGAAGUUCAAACGUGGAAUCAGGAGCCACUCUCAGAAUCAGGAACAGCCAUUCCAGCAAACAAAUGCACUGUUCCCUCUGACCAUCGAGAAUGUGAAUCAAGCCACCUAAGCAGUCAAGAGUUUCUUAUUUCUUGCGAUGAUAAUAGUUUUGGUUCCCAAAAUGUGACUACCCUUAAAAAUAUUGUUGUUGUUGACAUGACUGAUUCAAGGGAGAGCUACUUGGCAAAACAAGUGGAGGGUAUCCAUCCCCAGCUGGAUCAAAUAAAUAGUGAAUGGACUAAUUUGAAUCAACAGUUGUCUUUUCAAACCAGCAAUGAGAACCCAGAUGCUACCACCAAUACCACUCAUGAAGCUAUAAACAUUUACAAAUGUCAGGAGUGUGGUAAAAUCUACAAUUCACGUUGUUCAUUUACCAACCACAUGCACUAUCAUCAAAGAAAAAAACUAUCAUCUAUGGUAAAUGCAGAACCAUCACCAGGAGGCCAGGAAUCUAAUGGGACUACCCACCUUGUUAAUACACCCCCUCUUGACCCUAAAAUAGUCAACUGUGCCAAGCCAACUCAAACGUUCACCUUUGAAUAUUGUGGUAAAGUAUUUAAUAGUCAGAGUGCCAAUACCACUCACACCAUCUGGCAUUUGAAAAAGAAAGGGCUUGUCACUCAAGGGAGCAAACAAGAAACAAAACAGGUUUCAUCGUUCACUACCAAAAAGCAAAAAAGUGACAGGGCAUGUACUAGUUCUGUGGAAGUUUUCACCUGCAAGUAUUGUGGAAGAGUCUUCAACAAGCUAUGUGCUUACACGAAUCACAGUCGUUGGCAUGUGAAGGAGAAGGAGUUGCAAAACAAAUUUAAUGCUAAAGCCAGAAGAGCCCUUGUGGAUGAAGAACACUUGAAGGAAGGUGACACCAAGAACACGCUGAAUCAUGACAUGAGUUUUGAUGUAGACACCAACAAGGGAGUGGCUGAUGUUUGCAUUGACGAUGGUAAUGUUCAAGGUUACUGCAGGCUGGUUAGGCAACUAAGCUUAGAUGAACAACACAACCUUCCUUCAUGUGAGCAAGUUGUCAAGAGUGAAGAACCUAGUCGCCCUUCGCUACCUAUACAGAUGGAAACUAAACCACAAACAAUACCUGAGGUUCUGGAAUCCGUUCUUGAGCUUGUAGUAGGGACAGAAGAAGUACAUGAGAUUCUGCUAAGCAAGGCUGGCCUCGUGUUUAGAAAAACAGAAAAUUAUGAGAAUGCUGAAGAAGUAGUUACGGAUGUGGCUGAAGUCUGUGAAAAAGAAACCGAAGAGAAACAGGUCUCUGGAAUGCAUUCGGAACCAGCAGAGAGCCAGAUUGCUAGAAUGCAUUCAGAACCUGCUGAGAACCAGAUUCCUGGAUUGCGGUUGAAACCAGAAAAGGCACAAAAUCCUGGAAAGCAGUUGGAACCAGAAAAGAAAAUAUAUUUUCCCAAAAUGUUGCCAUCCAGAAUAGCAGUUCAGUGUUUAAGUAGACCUAGACCUCCCUACAGAUGUCGCGAUUGUGGAAUCCGCUUCCAUCAGAUCUGGCGAUUAAAACAGCAUCGACUUAAAGGGUUUGGAAAGACAUGCACUUUAAAGAAGCACCAGUGUGAUUGCGGGCGAACUCCAAUUGGUUCUCUACACUUCCUGCUUCACCAGCUGCAACAUCUGAGUGACACUGCCUUUACCUGUGCCGUGUGUAGCAAGACGCUGAGCGGUUAUCGCAAGCUCCAAGCCCAUAGCUUGGUUCACCCAUUGGUAUCGCAGUUCCAAUGCAAAUGUGGAACCCGGUUCACAAAGCUGCCCAGGUAUCUCUGGCAUUCCCUAAAAAACAAGGCAAAGCCUAAAACAAAAAUGCAAAUGGGAGGUUGUACUGGAGCACUGUUAUAG